AUGAGCUCGUGUCAACAUAUUAAUCAUGUUUUAUCUAAUCCUAACUCUAGAGAUGGUGUUUUGAAAGCAUGCAAUGCUACGAAAUAUAUCCUAAUGCAUUCUGACGCUAAAGAUAAGUAUUUGAAUAUUAAGAAAUGCUCAGAUUGUCACAAUAUUGACAACGGUUCUACAUUUAUGUGUUUGCAAUGUGGAUACUGUGGUUGUUGGAAUUCUGUGCACUUUAUAGCACAUCACAAGAAAGUUGGACAUAUAUUUGGUAUAAACUCGAGUAAUGGUCUGUUGUAUUGUUUUAUCUGUGAUGAUUAUGUAGGUGAUUCUGAAGAGAUCAAUUUUUCUAUUGUAGGUAAAAAUUGGAAUUAUAUCGCUGAAAAUACAUCCUUUCCUAGUUAUGAUCGUAAGGAUGGAUUAUCUGGGCUAGUUAAUAUGGGUUCAACUUGUUACAUGAGUUGCAUAAUACAAUGCCUGGUUCGUAAUCCGUAUUUUUUGAAACAUUCUUUCAAUCAAACUCAUUAUAAAGAAUGUAAAAUACGUGAUCCUGUAUCGUGUCUAUCCUGUGCUUUGGAUUCAGUAGUGUUUGAACUAUAUGGUAAGACGCAAAAGAAAGCUGUUGAUGAUAAAAAUGGCGGUUUGAUUGAUAUAUUGAAUUGUACGUGGAAGAUUAAUGAAGAUUUAGUCGGUUAUUCACAACAAGACGCCCAUGAAUUUUGGCAAUUUCUGAUGAAUAGAAUACAUUCCGAAUACAAAUUGAACAAUAACACAAUUGAAGUACCAAAGGAUACUCAUCAGCUAUGUAAUUGUAUUUACCACAAAGUGUUCCAAGGUUUCUUGGAGAGUACUAUAGAAUGUGCCAAUUGUAGGAAAGAAUCCAAAACUACUACAGAGGCCUAUAUGGAUCUAUCAUUAGAUCUUAAGGAUAAGAAAACUUUAUAUGAGUGUCUUAAUAGUUUUCAUAUGAAAGAAGAAUUGAAAGAUUUCACUUUCCAUUGUAGUAAUUGUGGGGGACCCCAGGGUGCACUUAAACAAUUGACUAUUUCAAAAUUACCUCCUGUUCUAUUGUUACAAUUAAAAAGAUUUGAGCAUAAACUAAAUGGACAGAGUAGUAAACUAAAUGAUUCGAUAGAGUAUCCUCCAUAUUUGAGAAUGAAUGAUUAUUGCCAAACUUCCUCGAAUGAAACCAUAGACAGUCCAGACGAUAGCGAUAUAAUAUAUGAACUAAUCGGCGUCAUAUGUCAUACUGGCACAGUGAAUGAAGGUCAUUAUAUAUGUAGUUGUAAGUUAGCUAAUAACCAAUGGGUGAAAUUUAACGAUUCCAUGAUAACUAUUGUUGAUAAUGAAACAGUAUUAAAAGAGCAGGCUUAUUUAUUAAUAUAUUCAACAAAACAGGUCACCUAG